AUGCCUGAUACUGCUCUACAAUCAAAUUUAUUGAAAAGAUUGCCUAUACCCGAUUUGAAGGAUACUUUAAAUAGAUAUCUUGAUAGGAUAGAGCCUUUACAAGACGAGAAACAGAAUAAGAGGACUAGAAAAUGUGUCCUUUCAGAUGAAAAUUUGGAAUUGAUGCAAACUUUGCAUGAAAAACUAUUGCAAUACGACGAAUCUUUGGCUCAUGAAAAUCCCAAUUCGUCGUACAUCGAACAAUUCUGGUAUGAUGCCUAUCUUCUAUAUGAGGCCUCGGUUGUUUUGAAUUCUAAUCCUUUUUUCCAGUUACAAGACGACCCUACGAUCAAGGACACUUCAGAGACAGGCACGGGUCCUUACGGGAUAUUUACUGGACAGGUCAAGAGAACGGCGAAGUUGGUGACUUCAAUUUUGAAGUUUAUCAAGGAGAUUCGUCAUGGAACUUUGAAGGCAGACACAGUUCGCGGUAAGAUUCCGCUUUCGAUGGACCAGUACGGCAAACUAUUCGGUUCCAGCAGGAUUCCGCCGGGCCCGGGUCAGGAGUCAUGUCAUCUACAAACGGACACUACAUCUCACCAUGUUAUCGUUAUGUACAAAUCUCAAUUUUAUUGGUUUGAUGUGCUGGAUGUCAACAAUGUGCCUAUUUUUUCCACUCCAGAAGAAUUGGAGUGGAACCUAUAUUCAAUUAUAAUGGACAACGAGAAGAGAUCCAACGAUGGGGAAAGCGAUUAUACAGCAAACGUCCCAUUUGGACUUUUUACCACAGAAAACAGGCGUGUGUGGGCCAAUAUUCGGGAUUACGUGUUUCACAGUGUUGACUCAAGUAAUUGGAAGAAUCUCAAGAUAAUCGACAGUGCUCUUUUCGUCAUCUGUCUCGACGAUGUCUCUUUCUACAAAGGCCAGGAAAACGAGUUGGUGAAAUCGCUGUUAUGUGGAACUUCACAGAUCGAUUUGGGUUCUGCAAACGCUGCGAGGCCGCUGGGCGUUCAACAAGGUACCUGUUCGAAUCGGUGGUACGACAAGCUACAACUCAUCAUAACAAGGAACGGCAAGGCUGGCAUAAACUUCGAGCAUACGGGAAUAGAUGGCCACACGGUUCUCCGGCUGGCAACUGAUAUCUACACCGAUUCCAUUCUAAGUUUUGCCCGCGGUGUCACAGAAAACGUGCCUGACAUAUUCCAUGCCGAUGGAACCACAGGGAUCAAAAAGCCUUCUAGGGCGAACCUAAUUACCAUCCCAAGAAAACUGGAAUGGAAAGUGGACUCGUUUCUAUUGUCUUCUUUACAUUUUGCGGAGACUCGAGUUUCCGACGCAAUUUCGCAAUACGAAUUUGCUACUUUGAACUUUGACAAAUACGGUUCCAGUCAUAUCAAGUCAACUUUCAAGACUUCACCCGAUGCUUUCGUUCAGCAAAUGUUUCAAAUUGCAUAUUAUGCGCUUUAUGGUAAAUUCGAAACAACUUAUGAACCCGCAAUGACCAAGAUGUUUCUAAAUGGCAGGACUGAAGCUAUCAGGAGCGUAACGCACCAGUCCAAGAAAUUUGUAAAGUCUCUGUUUGAUCGUCGAUCAAAUGAUGAAGGUCGCAUAAAAUUGCUGCAACAAGCUUGCGCAGAGCAUUCACGAAUCACAAAAGAAUGCUCCAUGGGUAUGGGACAAGAUCGCCAUCUGUAUGCACUUUACUGUCUGUGGAAUGAAUCUUACAAGGACAAAAUACCACUUCCACCCCUAUUCAACGACAGAUCUUGGAAUCUCAUCAACACAAAUGUUCUCAGUACCUCAAACUGCGGAAAUCCAUCUUUGGCCACGUUCGGUUUCGGUCCCGUAACGGCCAAUGGCUUUGGUAUCGGGUACAUCAUUCGUGACAAUUCAGUCUCAGUGGUAGUGUCAUCUAGACAUAGACAGACCCAUAGAUUUAUCUCCCUGAUUGAAAAAUCAUUCUUGGAGGUAGAUCAUAUCUUCGAGAGACAGGAGGCCAUGGCAAAUGAAGCUGACCCCCCAGAGAAGGAAAGCCGGACAUCUUCUAUGUCGAAGGGCAAACCAAGGACCUAUUCCAGCCUGAAAUCAGACGACCUGAGGUUCUUAUUGGGUGGCUACGAUUAUUUCGAUGUGAGUGUCUCGGGAUAG